GUGGAGCGGGAGCUGCCGGAGCCCAAGAGCCGCAAGAAGGAGAUCUCGAUCUUUGUGGCCGUGGCCGCCGUAACGUGGGGCCUGGGCACGAUUAUUGCCUUCAACUACCAGCGCAUGACCAGCACGCCCGUGACAGCAGCGCUCUUCACGGCCCGCCACAACGACGAGAUCCGCGAGGUGUUUGGCACGCAGCUCAACUUCACGUCGGCGUUCCCAUGGAUCAGUGGCGACAUCAGCCAUCUGAAGGGCUUUGUGGACGUCGAGUUCAACGUGGUCGGCAGCAAAGGCGUCAAGGGCCAUCUGGUGCUACGGUCGCGGCGCAUUGGCAAGCAGAACGGCGAGUGGGAGACGCAGGAGUUUUAUGUGCGCGCGCCCGAUGGCCGCGUUGUUGAC